AUGCGAAGCAUCAAAUCUGUGGUGGGAGGUCUCGUGAUCACUGCUUUUGCUAUUCCACUCAUGUAUGCUGUGAUUGUGCUAUUUGGUGCUCAAUUAACCGAGCCAUUAUCAACAAUUGAAGCAAUGGUUAUGUUCACAAGCUAUGGUGGUAUCCUUGGUGCAUGGUUAGGAGCAUUUACAAUUCCUUUAGAUUGGGAUAGGCCAUGGCAGGUAUGGCCAAUCCCUUGCAGUAUCGGAACGAUGAUGGGAUACGGUGCAGGCCUGUAUAUUAUUGCAGCAAAAACUCAAGAAGCUCAAAUUAUGAUUCGAACGUAA